AUGCCGCCGCACCUACACCCGCGGUCGCGAAUGACUUCCUCGCUCUUCGCCACGACCGUUGCAGCAAGUUUCUUCGUCGUGACACUUCCGCACAUCCUGCCCUGUCCCGCGCCGCGGGUGACCUACGCCGACUCAGAAAUAGCCGCAGACGGCACGAGGCGGCGGCGGCGAAGGAAACCCGAGCUAGCGGUCGUGAAGGACGGUAUCGUCCAGUUCGAGAGUCCGACCGAGGACUUGGAGAGGGUCACUACCGAGACCGGCGGCAUUGCUACGAGGGCAAGGAAGGAAAGAGAAUGCCCCGUGCCCAAACCGGGCGGCGUCAUUGGUGAGCUGAUGGGGUUUAAGGGCAAGUCGAAAGUGGAAGAAGGAAAAGGGCCGAGUGGUGAUACAUAG